AUGCAGUGCACUAACAAGCUACCAGCGACCCGCGCCGUCUCCUCCAAAGACCUCCCCCCUUCGGUCGAAGGCGCCUAUUACCGCAAAUGCAUCGACCUCCGCCGCCGCAUAACCGAUAUUGAAGAGAACAACGACGGCACGCGCCUGCGCAUCACACGCCUGAACCGCGGCAUCCAGAAGAUGCGCCUCGAGCGCGCAUUCCUUCUCGAGCAGCUGAAUAAGCACAUGGAGUACAAUGUCGACGACAGCGAUCGCAGCAGCAGCCCACCGCCCACCCCAACGGAUAAGCCCUUGAGGAGCAAGAGGAGCCACAACAGGAAGGGCACGCCUCCUCUUGGCGGCAGUGCGGAUGGAGGCGCAAACGAGAGGACAGGCAUGAGCGCCGAGGGCAGACUGGGACUGGGACCCCUGCCGCAUGGCAUCAACCCUAUGAGCAGUGCGCAGAGUACACCAGACCCGUCGGGACGGCCCCAGAACAGCUACUUCGGUACCAUUGGCGCCACCACGACGACCAGUCCACACGCCGCUGUCAACGGCGCACCUCCCACACUUCCUCCCCUGCACGCGCUCCCGCCGUUACACGCACAGCA